UCUGAUUUCUGUUGUUUUAAAUUUGAAUAUUUUAUGGCUUAGAAUGUGAUUGGUGAAUGUGCCAUGUGAGCUUCAGAAGAAUGUGUUUUCUGCUCUUGUUGAAUGCAGUAUUCUAUAAUUAUCAGAUCCAUUUGACUCAUGGUACUGUCCAGUUCAGGUAGGUCUUCUCUGAUUUUCUAUCAAUUACUGAUAGGGGGAUAUUGAUGUCUCCAAGUAUAAGAGUGAUUCAUCAAUUUUUUCUUGCAUUUGUAUCAUUUUUUGCUUCAUGAAUUUUGACUUUCUGUUGAACAUGCACACAUUAAGUAGUAUUCUCUUAUUGGAGAAUUAACUACUUUAUCAUUAUGUAAUACUCUUUCUUUCUGAUAUGCCUGCCUGCUUUGAAAUUUGCACUAUCCAAAAUUAGUAUAGCUACUUCAGCUUUUUGAUUAGUGUAUAUCUUUAUCUGUCUUUGUACUUUAAUCUAUGUCAUUAGAUUUAAAGUAGGUUUCUUGCAGACAACAUAUAGUUGAGUCUUGUUUUUCUGCUCACUCUGAUAGUCUUUUUUUUUACUUGGUGUAUUUACUUUGACCGCUGUUUAAAGUACUCACUGACAUAGCAGGAUUAAUAUCUACCAAAUUUAUUGCUGUUUUCCCUUUGUUGCUCUUGUUCUUUCUUUUUUUUGUCCUUCACUCUUUCUUCUGCCUUCUGUGGUUAUAACCAUGCAUUUUACAUUAUUUCAGAGUUUUUUGCUCUUUCUCAGGCUAUAAAUUAUACUUUUGUUCUCAGUGGUUAUUUUAGAGUUUGCAGUAUACAUGUAUAAGCAAUCCAAACCCAUUUUCAAAAAACACUAUACCUUUUAAUGGUUAGCAAAAGUAUCAUGCAAUAGAGUAUUCCUAAUUCCUUACUCCGAUCCUUUAUAAAGGAUAGUUUAUGCUAUACUGUUAAGCAUAUCAAAGCAUUCUUUACUUCUGUUUUAGGGGUUUUGAUUUUUGCUGUUUCCUCUUGAUUCAUUCUUAGAAAUUCCAUCUCUGCUUACAAUGCUUGUUUGUAAUUGCAUGAUACCUGCUUUUUCCAUUAGAGCCCUUAACAUGUUAGUUGUAGUUGUUUUAUACUGCCAGUCUGCUAAUUCCAAAAUCUUAGUCACAUCUGAGCCUCAUUUUGUCUUUUCAGGCUAUGUCUUUUUUCCUUUUAGUGUGCCUUGUAACAUUUUGUUGAAAGCCAGAAAUGAUGUACUGUGUAUAAAGAACUGAGGGCUCCUAGAUUGCUGUUGUGACAUGACACGACUAGCUAACACAGAUCAAGUGGAGGAUUUCAGUUUGUUGAAAUGAGCAGUCGUAAAUCAAAGAGUAACAACUUAAUACAUGCAGAGCUCCUUUCACAGGUACAAAGAGUUUUACGGGAAAGAUUUUGUCAUCAAAGCCCACAUAGUAACUUAUUUGGAGUACAAGUACAAUACAAACACUUAAUUGAGCUGCUAAAAAGAACUGCUAUCCAUGGAGAAAGUAACUCUGUUCUCAUUAUUGGGCCCCGAGGAUCAGGAAAGACCACGUUAAUAAACCAUGCUUUGAAAGAACUAAUGGAAAUAGAAGAAGUGAGUGAGAAUGUAUUACAAGUUCACCUAAAUGGACUGCUGCAGAUCAAUGAUAAAAUUGCCCUAAAGGAAAUCACAAGACAGUUAAAUCUGGAAAAUGUAGUUGGAGAUAAAGUUUUUGGAAGCUUUGCUGAAAACCUUUCAUUUCUUCUGGAAGCUUUGAAAAAAGGUGACAGGUCUAGUAGUUGCCCAGUGAUCUUCAUAUUAGAUGAAUUUGAUCUUUUUGCUCAUCAUAAAAACCAGACACUCCUUUAUAAUCUUUUUGACAUUUCUCAGUCUGCACAGACUCCACUAGCAGUUAUUGGUCUUACAUGUAGAUUGGAUAUUUUGGAACUCUUAGAAAAAAGAGUGAAGUCACGAUUUUCUCACCGGCAGAUACAUUUAAUGAAUUCAUUUGGUUUUCCACAAUAUCUUAAAAUAUUUAAAGAACAAUUAUCUCUACCUGCAGAAUUUCCAGACAAGCUCUUCACUGAGAAGUGGAAUGAGAGCAUUCAGUGUCUCACAGAAGAUAGAAGUGUGCGAGAAGUACUACAAAAGCAUUUCAAUGUCAGCAAAAACCUGCGGUCAUUACACAUGUUAUUGAUGCUUGCUUUAAAUCGUGUAACAACAUCACACCCGUUUAUGACUGCAGCAGAUAUGAUGGAGGCCCACCAGUUCUGUAGCAUGGACUCUAAAGCAAAUAUCGUACAUGGUCUGUCAGUCUUGGAAAUAUGUCUUAUAAUAGCAAUGAAACAUUUAAAUGACAUCUAUGAAGAGGAGCCCUUUAAUUUUCAAAUGGUCUAUAAUGAGUUUCAGAAGUUUGUUCAAAGGAAGGCCCAUUCUGUUUAUAAUUUUGAGAAACCUGUUGUCAUGAAGGCUUUUGAACACUUACAACAAUUAGAAUUAAUAAGGCCCAUGGAAAGAACUUCAGUAAAUACACAGAGAGAGUACCAGCUGAUGAAACUACUUUUGGAUAAUACUCAAAUUAUGAAUGCUUUGCAGAAAUACCCCAACUGUCCUACAGAUGUUAGGCAGUGGGCAACAUCCUCACUAAGCUGGUUAUGAACAUAACCAGUGGCUUCACUUAUGGAGUUUCAGGCAUACUUCUCUAAGGAACUAAAAGCUAUUGUCCUUUAACAAGAUAUGUUAUUACAUUUUUUUAUAUUUAUAAAACUGUAUUUUUGUA